CAUCUUCCUCAACUUCUCAUCCUUCAUUCUAUGGUGUUUAGCAGCAGCAAGAAUCUACUAUUGGCUUAAGAACUUCAAUAUCUGGAGCAAGAAAUUUGGAGAAGACAGAUAUGCUUGAGCAAUAUACACUCGUCUUUCAGACUCUUACCAUUAUAUUUCUCAUUUUUGCCUUUUCAACAUUCGCCACUGAAGUAUUGGAUCGUACUUACGAUAUCUCUCUAAUGAUGAAUCGGAGGAACUUUCCGGAUGAUUUCGUCUUCGGAUUUACAUCUUCCGCUGGUCAGUACGAAGGAGCUGCGUUUGAAGACGGUAGAGGUCCAAGUAUUUGGGAUAAAUUUGCACAUGAAUAUCCAGACAAGAUAGCUGAUGGAAGUAAUGGAGAUGUUGCAAUUGAUUUUUACCAUCGUUACAAAACUGAUGUGGGAAUCUUGAAAGAUAUUGGGCUUGAUGCUUUCAGAUUUUCAAUCUCGUGGUCCAGGAUAUUGCCUUAUGGGAAAAUAAGUGGUGGUGUAAACGAUCAAGGCAUCAAGUUUUAUAACAACCUCAUUGACGAGCUCCUGGCGGCAGGUAUAAGGCCCUUUGUGACUUUGGAUCAUUGGGAUAUUCCCCAAGCUUUGGAAGAUGAGUAUCACAGUUUGUUGAGUGAUCAAUUUGUGGCUGAUUUUGUAGACUAUUCAAAUAUUUGCUUCAAAGAAUUUGGGGAUAGGGUAAAGCAUUGGAUAACAUUAAAUGAGCCAGCAACUUUUAGCAGCGGUGGUUAUGCAGAUGGGUCAUUAGCACCUGGUCGUUGUUCUUCCUGGCUAAACUGCAGUGAGGGGAAUUCGGCUACAGAGCCUUAUUUAGUAACACACCACCAUCUUCUUGCUCAUGCAGCAGUAGUAAAAUUGUAUAGAGACAAAUACCAGGGGAAUCAAAAAGGGGAAAUAGGAAUCACACUUGGUUGUCACUGGAUGGAGCCUCUUACAGAUAAACAAGAAGAUAUUGAAGCUGCACAAAGAGGUGUGGACUUUGCACUUGGAUGGUUUAUGGAUCCACUAGUUUAUGGUCACUAUCCUCAAACAAUGCGUGACCUUGUUGGCGAUAGGCUUCCCAAAUUCUCAUCACAAGAAUCUGAAAUGUUGAAAGGAUCCUUUGAUUUCAUUGGAAUAAACUAUUACACAUCUAACUAUGCGACUGUUGGACCUAAAUCCGAUCCUGAUAGGUUGAGUUAUCUCACAGAUUCACAAAUCACCAUAACAUAUGAACGCGACGGAAUACCCAUUGGCCCUGCGGCAGCAUCAUCUUGGCUUCGAAUCUAUCCAAAAGGUCUUUGGGAACUUCUUCUCUAUGUAAAGAACAAAUAUGGUGAUCCAACCAUAUACAUAACUGAAAACGGAAUGGAUCAAGUAAACAAUGCAACAAUACCGCUUGAAGAAGCCCUUGACGAUGAUAUGAGGAUCGAUUUCUAUUAUAGCCAUCUUUUGUAUCUUCAAAAGGCCAUUGCGGAUGGUGUAAAGGUGAAGGGAUUCUUUGGAUGGACGUUUAUGGAUUGUUACGAAUGGAGUGGAGGUUAUACAGUUCGAUUUGGCAUUAAUUUUGUGGACUACAAUGAUAAUUUAAAAAGGUAUCCGAAGAUGUCUGCUCUUUGGUUUAAGAAAUUUCUCGAGUGAUGGUGGUAUUCGAUGUAUUUAUACUUAUUUUUUCGAAUAAUGGGGAUGUCAUAAAGAUAAAUCUAAACAACAAAAUGUGAAGAACAAGCAACCCUCUGUUUUUGUUAGAAUAAUUUUAUUUUAAUAAGAUGGUGAUUGUAACAUAUAAAUAAUUUCAAUGCUUGUAUUGUAACAUUUUAUAUAUAGAGUUAAUAAUAGUAAAAGUUUGAGCAA